AAAAGAAAAGAGAGAAUUAUUUUUUUCUCUCCCUCUGGUGUUCUGUCUAGAAACAUGGAUUCCACACUUUGCCUGGAAUCCCAAAUCGCAGUCAAUAUCAAAUCCCAUAAACCCUAAAUUCGCAAUCCCACCUAUAUAAAACAUUUCAGAAAAAAAAAACACCAGUUUUUUUCUUUUUAAAUUCUCUUCUUCUUUUUUUCUUUACUCACCGUCGACUGGUUCGGACUUCAGACCAUUAACACCUCAGAUUAUUUCGUCUUCUAGGUUGUCCGGACAACCUUAAUUAGGUGUCUUAGUUUUGAAGCAGCCCAAAGCACUGUUAUUUAAAAUUAGAACGAAAAAAGAUCAGAUUUUUAAUCUUUUCUGUGUAUUGUUCUGUUACCUGGUAUUAUGCAUAGAUCUGGAGCAACGAUGGCGUGGAACGUGUUCAAGUUUUGUACGGCUUUGAGGGGUUUGGGCUCGAUCAUGAUCCUGUUGGUUCUGGGGGUCGUGGGUGUCACAUACUACUCUGUCGUUUUGAAUAACUAUGGCCCAGCUUUGUACGAUGGUGGCCUUGAUUCCCUUACUGCUGUUGUUGUCUUGAUCUUAUUUCAUUGUUUGUUGGUGAUGCUGUUGUGGAGUUACUUUUCUGUUGUUUUGACUGAUCCGGGUAGUGUGCCCCCUAACUGGAGGCCAGCUAUGGAUGAGGAGAGAGGGGAGGCUGACCCAUUGAAUGGUUCAGAGUUCAAUGGCUUGCAGUCAGACCCAUCAAAUCAAAGAAUUCGGUAUUGUCGGAAGUGCAACCAGCUGAAACCACCUCGCUGCCAUCAUUGUUCUGUUUGUGGGCGGUGUGUGCUGAAGAUGGAUCAUCACUGUGUGUGGGUUGUCAGUUGUGUUGGUGCACUAAAUUACAAGUAUUUCCUUCUUUUCUUGUUUUACACAUUCCUGGAGACAAGUCUUGUGACUUUGGCCUUAUUGCCACAUUUCAUAGCUUUCUUUAGUGAUGAAGAAAUUCCUGGAACACCUGGCACCCUCGCAACCACUUUCCUUGCCUUUGUUUUGAAUCUGGCAUUUGCAUUGAGUGUCUUGGGGUUUUUGAUCAUGCACGUAUCCUUGGUGGCUGCUAAUACCACAACUAUUGAGGCAUAUGAGAAGAAAACCACUCCAAAAUGGCGUUAUGACCUUGGUCGGAAGAAAAAUUUUGAACAGGUGUUUGGAACAGACAAGCGAUGCUGGUUCAUUCCAGCGUACUCAGAUGAGGAUCUACGACGGAUGCCAGCGCUUCAGGGUCUUGAAUAUCCAUCAAAGCCUGAUUUUGAUUCCCAGGAGUUCUAAAAACCUCCUGCACGCCAGGAACUUUGGAAAACUUUCUUGUAAUUAUAGAUACGGAAGCCUCAUGCAUUCUUCCCUGGUAUUCUAACAGGUAUCAAGCUCUGCAGCCACUUUCGGCUUCUAACUGUUCAUUCCCACCGGCAUCUUCAUGUAGAAAUAACAGUGGAGAGAGAGAGAGAGAGAGAGAGAAUAUCAAUGAAAGCAGCAUAUGGUUGUGAAAAUGGAGGAUGGCCGAUGGGCACAAGUUAAUUUUUUUUUAUUUUAUGCACUAAUUGUAUUUUCGGAAAUCUGGGAACAAUAGGCUUAGGGUAUGGAAUGUAACAUUUCACGUUGUGACAUUAAUUUAGUUUUUGUAGAUUUGUUCUACUGAUUGGAAAAAUAUAGGGAGAAUGCAUUUGGAUCAA